AAUUAUUGAAAUGUAUAAAAACUUUAAUACUAUCUUUCCUCGAAGCAACGAUAGCUAUGAUUGCAAUUUUAUCCACCCCGCUCGUUCUGGUUGACUCUUUUAACUCGAACUACCAAUGAAUGGGUAGACAAUUCUCAUUUCUUUCACAUAAUCUUUCUCAGACAGAUUUCCAUUGACAAGUGCUGAAUUCUCCGACUCUUCAUUUUCGCAAUCACUUGACUAGCAUAACAGUUGUCAAGAACAUGCAAUUUUCGCUUACUUCUGGAUGCAUUGAAUCCCAAAGCCAUGACAUGAUUAAACAGUCUUCAACGUCCCAUGCCUCAUAUUUGGGAUCGUCCUUGUCUGGUGCCAGUUCAAGCAAGUAUUGGAGUUUUCCUUUUCCCUUGAGUUUAUUACGAACCACUUGAGACCACAUCAUGUAAUUCCUUCCAUUGAGGCGAUAGGCAGCUUGAAUACUUCAGAGCUCAUUUGAAUGGACUCCUGUAGCAGUCUCAAAAGAUGCAUUAGCUUUGAAAGACUCAGAUAGGAAAGACAUGAUACUGGCUAUGGAAAUUGUUGGUGCUGUUGCAAGCAUAUUUCAACUUUUAUGUGGACAGUGCUGUUCAAAUGGCUCAAUCUCCGAGCAAUGCAGGUAUCUGAGAAAACCUCAAUCUGUAUUAUUGAUAUUGGAAGAAAAAUUAAAGUUACUUACUGCUCGAGAAGCCGAUGUGAUAAAAAGGUUACACUUGGAAAAGGUGUUGAGUGGGAUGGAUCCCACAGCUGAAGUAAAUCUGUGGCUAGAAAAUGUGCAGAAGAUGAAAACUAUCAUGGCUAGUUUGGGAAAGGAAAUUCAAGAUAAUAAAAGCUGUUUAUGUGGAUGUUUUCCAAACUAUUACCUUAGGUUAAAGUUGGGAAACUCUAUUACAAAAAAGAUGCACGAGGUUCAUAAGCUCCUUGAUGAUAACAAAUUUUCAGCCAGUUCGUUGGUUAAUAUGGUACUGGAGAGAGGAAAGGCAUUGCCAGUGACUACAUUAGUAGGGGAGACUGCCAAAAGAAUUUUAUUGAGAACUUGGGAGUUCCUGAUGGAUGAAAAUAUUGGAAUUAUUGGUAUUUAUGGGAUGGGAGGAGUGGGGAAAACAUCCAUCGUUAAAGAAAUCAAUAAUCAACUGUUAAGCAAAAUUGCACUUUUUGAUAAUGUUAUUUGGGUAACUGCAUCCAAGGAUUCAAAUCUGCAAAAGCUACAGAAGGGCAUUGCAAAUGAAAUAGGUUUAUCUUUUGGUGAUGAAGAUGGUGAACAUAAAAGGGCUAGUAAACUAUAUGAAGCUUUUCUAAGAAGAGGUAGGUUUCUGCUAAUGAUUGAUGAUUUGUGGAAAGCAUUUUCUCUAGAGGAAAUAGGAAUUCCUAACCCAACAAAUCUAAAUGGUUGCAAAUUGUUAAUAACUACCAGGUCAUCAAAUGUCUGCCGUUGCAUGGAAACAGUAAAAGAGAUUGAAGUUCGUGUGCUUUCCAUGGAAGAAGGAUGGGACUUGUUUAAACAAAAGGUUGGCGAAGAGGUGUUUAUGUCCCCUAGAAUACAAGAUCUUGCUAAGGACGUUGUGAAAGAAUGCGCUGGUCUACCUCUAGCGCUCAUUACAGUUGGAAGGGCUUUAAGAAAAGAGAACAGCAUUAGACAGUGGCAGACUGCAUUAAGUGAAUUGAAGAACUCAACUGCUAAUAUCGAAGGAGUGGAUAAUCAGGUGUUUGCACGUUUGAGAUUUAGCUAUGACAGGUUGAAAGAUGAUAUGACUCGAUCAUGUUUUUUGUACUGUGCAUUAUACCCGGAGGAUCACAUCAUUGAAGUGGGAGAGUUGAUAAAAUACUGGUUAUGGGAAGGCUUAUUGGGUAGUGUUGGGAGUCAAAUGGUUAAGAUGCGACUGGGUAAAAUAAUUGUAUAUGAGCUAAAGAGUGCUUGUAUGAUAGAGGGUGUCUAUCAAGAUGGAAAUACUAAUGAAUAUGUGAAGAUGCAUGAUGUCGUUAGGGAUAUGGUGAUUGCACUUACUAGAGCAAACUCAAGUUUUAUGAUUAAAGCUGGUCUUGGUUUACAAUUGCCACCAGUGGAGAAUGAAUGGCCUCCGGAACUUGAGAGAGUGUCACUAAUGCGAAAUGAUUUGAGCUGUUUAAGUCGUGAACCAAAAUGUCCUAAGCUUUGCACACUGCUAUUGCAGUACAAUUCUAUCAACAAAGAAAUACAUCAUUCUUUCUUUCAUCAUAUGCAAAACCUCAAAGUUCUGGACUUAUCUUUCACUGGAGUUGACAGUUUACCAAUAUCACUAUCCAAUCUGGUGAGCCUUCGUGCAUUACUGUUAUGCAGUUGUUGGAACCUGUCCCAUGUGCCAACUGUAGCAAAGCUUAAGGAGCUAAGGGUUUUGGACCUCUCUUACACAUCAAUUGAGCACUUGCCAGAAGGGAUGGACAUGUUGGUUAACCUUCAAUAUCUUGACCUCUCCUAUACUGGAGCUUAUGAAAUUCCAGUUCUUCGUUUCCGCGAGUACAAGUUCCUGGAGAGCCUCUUUAUAAACGGUCUACUAUUUAGUCAGGAGCCGAACUUUGUUGAUGCUCUGGUAAACUGCAGCAGUUUGGCAGUACUUGAAGCAAAUUUCAGCACCAUGCAAGAAUUUGAAAAGUACAUAGCAUCAGGUCACUGGAAUAUGCUAGAGAAUUUUAGAUUUGUCAUUGGUCAUCCCACGUACUCCACACGCAUGGGGACUGAUAGUGUCAGAUUCUUUGGAGUUCAUAUCUCUGAAGGUCUAAGUCCUGAUUGUUUGCCAAGAAGGAUUCUUGAGUUAGAAAUUCAGGAUUGUACAGGUAUUACUCACCUGCCAGUCUGUAUAACUGCUGCAGCUUCUCAACUACAACACUGUAGGAUAAACUAUUGUGAUGAGAUGGAAUGGAUUAUAACAGCUGAAUGGAGCACGUUUCCCAACUUAGAGUGGUUGGAGAUUGAGGGUUUGAGCAAGUUAAGUGGACUCUGCAGAGGAAUAACACCAGUAGGUACUCUUGCAAGCCUUAGAGUAUUGAAUGUCACAGCAUGUAAUGAUUUAAAGACACUACUUCCACUUGAGUUGGUUCAGCAUCUAAGGAACCUUGAAGAAAUUACAGUUCAAAAUUGUGACAAAAUGAUGGAGAUAAUAGCACCAGGAGAAGACAAUCAAGGGGUGACAGAAGUAAACAAUGUGAAAAUUGACUUCCCAAGAUUACAAAAAUUGAAACUAAGUUCUUUGCCAGAACUAAGGCACAUAUUCAAUGGAAUAAUGACUUGUGAUUCCUUAUCCAGCAUUGAAGUUUACAGAUGCAAAGAACUGAAAGUCCUUCCAUUUUUUGUGGAAAUCAGGCAGCAGUUACUCCAUUCUCUCAAACAGAUAAAAGGAAGCAGGUGGUGGUGGCAAGCACUAGCAGAGAACCACAAAGAUUCGCUCGACCUUUUGUUCCCGAUCUUCAAAGAAGAACUAGAGAUCUAUAGUCUGGGAGAAGGAAAUGCAGAGAACCCUACUUUGGAAGAAGAAGAUACCCAUUCCAGACACAGUGUGUCGUCAAUAGAUUCUUCAUAUGGUCCGAGAUAAUGAGUUUAAACAUAAUUUUUUGUAUAUUGAACUUUAAACAUUACUAAUUAUUAGUACAUUGUGUCUUUAAUUAUCUAAUUGUUUAUUUAGUGUCCA